AUGAAUACACUUGAAGAUCUUCGUUCUGCAGUUAAACAGACACUAGAACAAAAUGGUGCAUUAGCAGCAACACGUGCUAAACUCCGUGCAGACAUAUUUAAAACAUUAGAAGAUCCAUCCGAAGUUAAACCGAGAAUUCCGCAUGAAAAUUUACUUAUCAAUGAGCUUAUUCUUGAAUAUCUCAACUAUAAUAAUUUACAUUGUGCUGCGUCAGUACUUUCUGUUGAAUCAGGACAACCGACACCAUCACUUGGUAGAGCUUUUGUUGCUGAACAAUUGAAUAUACAUGAAGAUGAUAAAACACGACAAGUACCAUUACUUUAUUCAUUAUUAUCACACUUUGUGACAAACAGCAAAACGGCUCGUCGUACACUAUCGAAUGGUACAAAUUAG